ACUCCCCAGCCUCUCCGCUUUGUGAUCAGAAGAGAGAGGGCUGGGUUUGAAACAGUCGGGAGUCACGCCGCUUUCUGGGCGGACGAGAGCGCUCCCCUUUCGACCUCCCUCCCCGGCUGCCUUCCCGAAGAACAGAACUAUGCAAAUCUCCCAGGACCAGGAAAUCCACCUCGGGGGCCCCGGUCUCCGCCGCCGCCACUGAAGCAACAGCAGGAGCCUGAGAAAGUCGCACAAGUUCCUCUGGGCGGUUGUUGUCGGCGGGGUUUCGCUUCCUCUGCUGCUUGGAGAGACCCAAGGCUUUGCUCUCUCGCACAAGGACGCGUUGGGGUGCCUUCGGGGCCGAAAAGAGCCCCUUCCCCAUCAACCCACCGGCGUCGACACCUUCGAGAAAAAGGAUGAUGGUGAUUGGGGCAUCCUUGGCAAUAUUAUCUGCAUUGAGAAGAUAAAUGCUUUGUGGAUAGAGCUGACCUAUGCCUUGCACUUUAAGGAAGUAUGGGAUGUAUAAAAUCCAAACGAAAAGAGAAUCUGCAUGGAGAUGGAAAUGAGUCGAAGAAUAUUCACCUAGUACGUAAAACUGAACGAACUAUUUAUGUGAGGGAUCCAACAUCCAAUAAACCUCAAAGGCCAGCAAAUGAGGAAAUACUUCUACCAGGUCAGAGGUUCACUAAAGAAGAAGAAGACAGGGAGCAUCGGGCUCUUGUAGUAGCCUUGUAUCCUUAUGAUGGGAUUCAUGAAGAUGACUUAUCCUUCAAAAAAGGAGAGAGGAUGACAAUUCUGGAGGAGCAUGGAGAAUGGUGGAGAGCGAAGUCCCUUGUGACUAAAAAUGAAGGCUUCAUCCCAAGCAACUAUGUUGCAAAGGUCAAUACUUUGGAGACUGAAGAAUGGUUCUUUAAAGACAUAACCAGGAAAGAUGCAGAACGGCAACUGCUAGCACCAGGAAAUGCUCCUGGAGCAUUCCUUAUCAGGGAGAGCGAAACGUUAAAAGGUAGCUACUCUCUCUCCAUCAGAGACCAAGAUGCACAACAUGGUGAUGUUGUCAAGCACUACAAAAUCAGAAGCCUAGAUAAUGGAGGGUAUUACAUAUCUCCAAGAAUUACUUUUCCCUGUAUCAGCGACAUGAUCAAACAUUAUCAAAAGCAGUCUGAUGGAUUAUGCAGAAAGUUGGAGAAAGCAUGCAUCAGUCCCAAACCACAAAAACCAUGGGAUAAAGAUGCCUGGGAAAUCCCCAGAGAUUCAAUAAAAUUGGUGAAAAAGCUUGGAGGAGGUCAAUUUGGAGAAGUCUGGAUGGGUUACUACAAUAAUAAUACCAAAGUAGCGGUGAAAACUCUGAAACCUGGCACUAUGUCUGUGCAAUCAUUCCUAGAAGAAGCCAACCUCAUGAAAACAUUACAGCAUGACAAGCUGGUUAGGCUGUAUGCUGUAGUCACCAAAGAAGAACCUAUUUAUAUAAUAACGGAGUUAAUGGCAAAAGGCAGCUUACUGGAUUUUCUGAAGAGCCCAGAGGGUGGGAAAGUACUGCUUCCAAAGCUCAUUGACUUCUCUGCUCAGAUUGCAGAAGGGAUGGCAUAUAUAGAAAGAAAAAACUACAUACACCGGGAUCUCAGAGCAGCUAAUGUUCUAGUUUCAGAAUCACUGAUGUGCAAAAUUGCUGAUUUUGGACUUGCUAGAGUAAUUGAAGACAAUGAAUAUACAGCCAGAGAAGGUGCAAAAUUUCCUAUUAAGUGGACAGCACCAGAAGCCAUUAACUAUGGUUCUUUUACUAUUAAGUCUGAUGUGUGGUCCUUUGGUGUUCUUCUGUAUGAAAUAAUUACUUAUGGGAAAAUUCCUUAUCCAGGUAUGAGUAAUUCUGAUGUAAUGGUAGCUCUUCAGCGUGGGUACCGCAUGCCGCGCAUGGAGGUCUGCCCAGUUGAGCUCUAUGAUAUCAUGAAAACAUGCUGGAAAGAUAAAGCAGAAGAGAGACCAACAUUUGAAUAUUUACAGAGUGUCCUUGAUGACUUCUACACAGCUACAGAAGGACAAUACCAGCAACAGCCAUAGAAUGAACUCCUUUGUUUGCCUCCACUUGGCAUAAACCUCUCGAUAGGACAAUACGGUUGAGCCAAUAACUUUUGUUCAUUCAAAUUUCAUCACUGUUUGUGGUUCUUGAAGUUGAAGGGUGCAUCUCAAACAGACAGUGCAAAUCAUCAACAUCCUGUUUCGGGAUUGCAGUUUUGUAUCGAUGUUUUCUUUGCAUUUUAUGUAAAUAGCUAGACAAGAUAGCCUUUGACACAUCACAAGACCAAAAAGCCACUUUAGUUCCAGCAAAUCUAUAAAGACACAGCUACAAAUGUAAUAAACUGAAGAAAAGAUUCUCAGAAUUCACACUAUAUCAGUGAAUUCUAGGCUUGUUGAAGGGGUAAACUAAAUGCUACACAAAAGAUGCACACAUACCCAAGUCCUCCUGAGAAAAAGUGUUCUGAACUGAAGUUGCUGAAGUCACAAAAAGCAAAAAGUACUGGAUGACACCUUAGUAUUUCUGUCAUCUCUUUGCACUAAAAUCCCCUACAGUCAACUUGUCCGUUUGGAGAACCAAGGAUUUUGGGUAGAAAACCAAUUUGGAGAACGAACCUUCUUUUUUCUUCAGUUUGUUAAAACUAGCUGCUGCUGCAACCUUUUCAUAUAAAAUAAUAUUCAUAUACCUCUUCUAAUUUGGAAGGCAGAUCUAAGGCAGUUCUCACCUUUUGUGCCUACCAAAAUGAGUUAGGUGAAGGGGCUGCUGCAGUGUCUAAGGAGCUCAUCACAUUGAUGAGGUCCUACAGGGUGAUUUGCCAGUGGUGAAUCGGUGGGACAGCAGGGCAAUCUCAGCAGCCUACAUCACCGCAGGGCUUCCCCCUGCACUGGCCCCAUGGUUUUCAGCAGAACUUUGGGUACUUCCUGUGUUCUUAACACAGCGUUGUAGGACACUUGCACCCUGGUUGAUCCAUGAAGCCACACCAGAAGUGAGCCUGCAUCUUCUGAUAGGCGGCGUGGUGAAGUCAUAAGUUAGUGUAAGAUGUUUGUUUUAUCUGAGUAAUAAAAAACUGUCUUGUACUGAUGGUGCAGUGCAGAAUAAGUAUAAUUAUACUGAUGUUUUGGACAAUUAUUGCCUAAUACUAAUCUCCAUUGGAGUAUAUUAGCUAUAGUCAAUGGAAGUUGCAGUCCACCAUUGAUUGCCCACCUCUGAUGUGGGAUGCUAAAUUGUCAUCAGAAAAAAAUCCUUAGGCGAUCAUGAUUUUAUGCGUAUAACUGCUAGUCUUGCAUCACCUCUAUUCACUCUUUUAUGCCAAAGCACUUUAAUUUUCAGAGGCCCCAUUUGAAGAUCUAUAUGGCUUAGCUUUUUAAAAUAGGAAAUUUAUAAUGGUUACCAAAGUGUUAAUGGUAUUUUCUUUCAAUGUUCUCUAAGGCUGCUUUUCUAAAGGCAAUAUUUUGAAAUCCAUAGUACUUAAUAUGCUGAAAUCAACAGUGCCAAAGAGGAUAGUUUCACUUUAGAAUGGGCCUUGACAAUAUUCCCUGAUUUUCCAACUACUUUUGAUUUCACAUUUGCCUAUAUCAUUUUGUCAAAAUGCAGUACUUUGUAAAGCACAACUGUGAUUAUAUUCUGCAUAAAUGUACAAGAAGCUAUUACAACCAAAGUCUUCUGUUGUGUAUAUAUUACUUAGGACAAGGAAGAAAUAUACUUUAAAAUCAGGCUAGGAAACAUUGGUUGUAGUAAAACAGGGCUCAGGUAUUUUUUUCCCUUGAUCAUACUAAUGAUUGAAAGUGCUACUGAAGAAUUUGUUUAAAAUGCUUACUCACACAUUGGUUAUUAUAGGAGCAUUAUGAUCCUAAUAGUGUCCAGCUUUAAAAACAAUUUUGUUUACUAUUUCUAAAUUGAGGGUUCUAGUUAGCAAACUGGUAACCAGAUUGCUAACAUGUAAAUACUUUACUUUUAUUCUGAUUUUAAUAAAUACGCAUUCUUGAAAAAAUGAAACAAA